AGUGACGUCAGUGUCCCAGUAAGAUCCCAGUCUCUCUUGUUUCCCCCACUUUGGAAGGCUGUGGAAACAAAUCAGGAUGUUUUACACCCCUGAGUCGGAUUAUUGGAAACGCUGCUCUAACUUUAAGCUCGGAGCCCAAAUGUACGAGAGUGAACCUGGAGAUGUGGCGGAGAGCCGGGGAUGAAAACGUGGACCCCGGAGCUGACACAGCCGAAUCUGUCAGCAGCAGAAUGUCAUCGUCUACCAGUGACCUCAUGAGCAGGUGGCCCAGGCAGCAGCAGCUGCUCUUGCCAAUAAACUUGCAUCUGCUAGCUAACCCUGGAGAUUCUUUGCUUCUGCAGCAGACACUGGACCGUCUGCUGCGCUGGCUGUGCCCAAGCCUCCGUAUCUUCCACGUAUCAGAAAGGGCUUCCCCUUUUAGAGCUCAAACCCACAUUUGUACUGUGGCAGGCUACCCCUCUCUGGCCAUCACUUUCUUCCUUCACGAAGCCUAUGGAGAGGAGCGAAUCCUUAAAGUGCUGGACUUCUUCCAGCGGCCCCCCUGGCAGUACCAUCACACUGAGAGCUGUGGCAGCCGAACCAGAGGGAUCCACAUAACUUCCAGCAGUUCCCCUUCGAACGCCCUGCUGCGGCCUUACCUCUUGCCGAGCAGAGACUUUUACAGUCUGGGCGCGGGCAUGCCUGUGUGGGGGGUGCGACCUGUGCACUGUGGGGGAGAAAUCCUGCGUAUUACGUUGUACAGCAGCUGCGACAACUAUGAAGAUGCUGUGAGGUUCUAUGAGACGGUAAUGCAGCGUCAAGCUGAGGAGCAGAAGGCCGGCUUCUGCUGGUUCACCCUCCACACAGAGCCUGGCCUGUGCCUUCAGCUGGCCUUAAAACAGCUUUCUCCAGGGGUCGGAGUGGAAGCGAGCAGUUCUGCUGUGCUGCAGUUCAGUGUGGAAGAAAUGGGACAGCUAGUCCCCCUGUUGCCCAACCCCUGCACCCCAAUCAGCACUACACGCUGGCAGACAGAAGACCUGGAUGGAAACAAGGUUCUCUUUCAAGUGAAGACUCCCGCUCAACCUCAGCAACCUCUGACCUCUGCUUUUCCCCUCACCUGCCUCAGUUUGCCCUCUCCAGGAGUGCAGCUCCGAAACAGCGGACAUGGAAACAGCUUCCUGCCCUGCAGCCUCACAGCUUCCCUGACUGGGCAAACUCACAGACCAGGAACCAGACCUCGCAGCGAGCCUGUUCUUGACAAGCUUCUUGGAGGAUGGGGUGGAGCAGAAAGUCUGGGAUCAGGGAGCUGCUGCAGCACCCCUCCUGGAAGCUCUUGCUACUCAUCCCAACACAGCAGCCCUGCCCAACUCUCCACCUUCAACCAUCCCGACUCACCCCUGCGCUCCUCUGUCACCCGUUCUCUCUCUCGUCUCCUCCUGGAAGAGGAUGAAGAGACCAAUGUUGACACGGGAGUGGCCGUCUCUCCUUGCUCAGACACUGCAGUCAAAACCAUCACUUGCUCCUCCUCCUCUAUUGACCUCUUGAGGACUCAUCACUCUGAGAGACCCGCAGCGGUUGGGGCUUCAUCUGUGGAAGAACUGGCCAAGGAAUUAACCGAAUGUUUGCCACAGACAGGCGUUAAUCUUCAGACGCCCUCUGGUGGCUGUAAAGAUGCUGCAGUGGCAAGCAGGACCACUGUAAGUGGAGAAAGCCCCUCACACAAGCUCCUGGCAGAGAACAGGACAGCUGCCGGGCUGUUAUCUGCAUGCAUAAACCACGAAGAGCCAGUCGAUGAGUUCUUUAUCUGAAUUUCUGCCUCUUGCAUAAGCUCGAAUAGUGACUACACAACAAAGUGGUGCAGCCUGAUAAAUGAGGCCUGUUGUGGAGAACAAAGCACAACAAAGUACCUCAGCAGGUAACGUGCUUCACCCAGAGGUGUAGGAACCCUUUAAGUGGCUUGACUGCUCUGAUAGAAGUUCACAUUUUACAAUGAUGAAACUUUCCACAGACCCAAUGAGUGGUUACUUCAAACAGUAAAGCUCAAACUGCUCACUAUCAAACUUUUAUACAGUGCAUUACUAAAGCAUUCAUACUCCUUAAAGUUUUACACAUUUUGUCACGUUACGACUACAAACUCCAGGGUUUUAAGUGAUAGACCAGUGUAAAGUAGAGCAUAAUUGUGAAAUGGAUACUAAUUAAAUUUGGGUUAGAGAAUUUCUUUCAUAAAUAAACAUAUAGCAUAAACUCUGAUGUUUCACUAUGAGGAUGCUUCAUCGGCUUUCCUCCACAUAUAAGCCUGAUCUUAAAAGAUUUCAAAUAAGGAGGCUAAACUGCUUUUGCAAAAAAGAAAAUUGCAUUUGCAAUAAGUGGGUGUGUUGCGCGCGAUCUACAAAGAUUGCGUGCAAUGGGCAACCGGUGCAAAAGAGGUGCAGACUUCCCUAUUUAAAUGAGGAAAUUGUGUGUGCUACUGGCUGUAGAGUCUCCCAGAGCAGAGUGGCCGUAAAAGAGAGAUGAAGUUCGAAGUCAUGGAGUUGGAGUUAAUAACAGUAAUAAAAAAUAUAAUAAUAAUAAAAAAUUACAUUUAUAUAUCUCAAAGUGCUACAAAACAACAGUAAAACAUUUAAAAACAUGAAAAUACUAAAAGCUACGGUUAAACCAUGAAAUACCAAUUACAAAACCUAGAAAAUCCGACAACCACUGUCGGACUUGCAUGGUGAUACAGCUUGAAACAGACACGCUUGUGAGAACUUACUGUGAGAACUGAUUUAAAUUGAGGGAUUUGACUCGCUUGACCCAAACAUUGCAAACCAAGGAAGGCCCAUAAUAAUUUCAUACAACAUGAAUGUGCUUCAUACAGCGCACAAGACCAGUUUUUUAUUUUUAUUUUUUUAUCUCCUUUUGGCUCCGUGAUGGUUUUCUGGUCUUUGGUGGCUGUUAAUGUUCAGUGUUGUUUGUUAAAUAACAUGGCGUACAACAUUUUGCGUGCAAUUAGCACCUGUCUUUCAAAUUUGCUAAAUAUAGACAUAAAAACAGCACCCACGAUCCGUUUCAGGUUUGAGAAAUCGCUUUGUAGGUGGUAAAUGAUUACAUUUGCAUAUCCUCUUGCCAUAAAUUUGCACGUUUAGGUCAUUAUCCUAGGUUUUGCAUAUUCGUGAAGGCAAACGCGCUAAAAAGUUUGCGCCCGCUGUGCGGCUCAUAUUGCACACACAAUAUAAUUUGCACCUGGUUUGUUUGUAUAUAUAUAUUUAUUAAGUUUUCAAAAUACAGCAUACAUAAAUCAUACACAGGAGUAUGAAGCAUAUAUAUAUAUAUUUAACAAGUUACUGUAUAAGAAAAAAUAUACUCUUAUCAAUACAACAAUAAAAAUAAAAACAUACACUAACUAAAAUAAAAAUGAAAAUAAAGACAACUCAGGGAAAUUAUCUAGAUAACUGGUAACACUGCACUGAUUACCAUUUACGGUUUAGGAGGGUAAUACCUGUCCAUAAAGGCACGGGUGGCAUACUAAGAGGCAGAGCGAGCGUCAGGGUCAACCUUAGACUGAGAAAGAUGGUCCAAAAACAGCUGCCAGAUACUACAAAACUUAUUUGUGGAGCCCACAACAUCAUACCGCAGUUUCUUAAAUUAAAAAAUCUCAGUAAAGUCAAUUAACCACAUUUUAAACUGAGGAACCUUAUCAGUUUUCCACAACCUUAAUAUUACUUUCUUAGCUAUUACUAUUCCAUACACCACAGUCGUUUGCAUAGAAAUGCUGCAGCUCCUAAAUGAAGGAGAAUAUCCAAACAAUGCAAUCUGGGGGUCUGGAACCAACGUGUACUUAUAUACUUCAGAAAACACGUUAAAAAUGUCACACCAAUAUUGGGAGAGUUUGGGGCAUGACCAGAACAGAUGAUACAGGGAGCCAUCAGCGGACUGACAUUCACAUUUUGAAGAUAUUGAGGAGAAUAUUCUGUGCAAUUUAAUUUUGGAAUAGUGAAGUCUAUGAAACACCUUGAACUGAAUUAACUGGUGCUUUACAUUGAUAGAACAUAAGCGAAUCCUCCCAGACCUCAAUCCCAAUCUGCAAACCCAGCUCCUCCUCCCACGCAGUCCUCAAGAAGUUUGUAGCAAAAUUAAUUCGCUCUGCAAAAAUGUCAACAAAGCUUGAAAUAUUUAUUUUUUUUUUAUUCUGGAGAGCCCAACAGCAUUUUGCAUAUCCUAUUUUCUUCUGGAAGAGAUACAAAAUUCGGGAAGUUAAUUCGCACAUAAUUUCUAAUUUGCAAAUAUCUGAAAAAAUCUCCAACUGGAAGAGAGAAACAGUCCCUCAACAUUGCAAAUGAAGCAAACGUUUUGUUGAUAUACAAAUUUUUUAGUGUAGUGAGGCCCUUCAGUCUCCAAGUUUUAAAUGAUAUAUCCGAUAAUGAUGGGGGAAAGCAUGGUUACGGUAGACUGGGGCAUGAACUGAGGUCUCCGGUAAGUUACAGUGUGACCUAAUUUGUUUCCAUAUUUUCAAACAAUUUAAAACAAUCAAAUUAUUUACUCCACUAUUUGUUGGGGAAAUUGGUGCUGAGAAAAGAAGUGAACUAUUUAUGACACUACUUCUUUCAAUAGCCACCCAAGGAGGGGAAUCUGCAGACAGUUCUUGAGCAUCACCUUCCUGCCAGUAUACCAAGGCCCUAGCAUUCGCUGCCCAAUAAUAGUGCUGAAAGCAGGGUAAUCCUAAUCCCCCCAUCUCUCUUGAUUUAUGCAAGUGAGUUUUUGAUAUUCUAUGGGCUUUAAAGCCCCAGACAAAAGGCAAAAUUACUGAGUCCAACGAUUUAAAAAAGGCCUUUGUUAAAAAGAUAGGCAAACCCUGAAGAAGAUAUAAAAAUUUAGGCAAGGACACCAUUUUAAUAGCUUUUAUGCGGCCCAUCAUUGAGAGUGGGAGUAUUCUCCAAUUAUCAACAUCUUUCCUAAGAUUAUCCACUUUUUCUAAGAAGUUCAAUUUGAAAAUUUAUUUAGGGUCUUUUGGCAAAAUAACUCCCAAGAUAUUUCAGUUUGUCAGUUAUCUUGAAUAAUAGGUUAUCUAAAAAUUCAGGCUUGCGCCUAAUGGCAUAAAUUCACUCUUCUCCCAAUUAAUAGUAUAACCUGAAAUCUCACCGAAUGACUGAAUAAGGUCUAGGAGAAUUGGCCCUGACUGCUAAGGAUCCGAUACAAAAACAACAACAUCAUCAGCAUACAAUGAAAUGUGAUGGUCAAUGUUUCCCACUUUAAUUGGUUUGAUUAGGGAGUAUUUUCUAGUACUAAUGACAAGGGGCUCCAUAGCAACCACAAAAAGCAGAGGACUAAGGGGGCAACCCUGACGGGUUCCCCGCUGUAGUAGAAAGGGCUCUGACUUGUCCUGGUUUGUAAGUACAGAGGCAGAUGGUUGAGCAUACAUUGUUUUAAUCCAAGACACAAAUUUACUACCAAACCCAAAUUCCUCAAGUACAGUCAAGAUAUAAGGCCACUCCAAUUGGUCAAAUCCCUUUUCAGCAUCCAUGCAAAGAACAGCUCCUUUAAACUUACUGUCGUACUUAUGAUACAUAUUGUUCAUUAACCGUCUAAUAUUAAAAAAUGAAAACCUUUUAGGAACAAAGCCUGUUUGGUCCGAAUGGACAAUAGAAGAAAUAUGUUUAUUUAGCCUAUUUGCCAGUACUUUAGCGAAUAUUUUAAUGUCAGAAUCCAAUAAUGAGAUAGGACAAUAUGAAGAAAGCUCCAUCUCCUCCCUGCCUUCUUUAUGUAUUAAUGUUACAUUAGCUUCAUACAUAGUAGGGGGAAAUUUACCUGAAUCAAGAGAGUGAGCGAACAUCCUCCGGAGGAGAGGAGCAAUCCUCUUAGCAUAUCUUUUAUAGAGCUCAAUUCCAAAACCAUCUGGUCCUGGAGCUUUGGCAUUGGGAAGCGAUUUAAUUACAUCGAGGAUCUCUUCCACAGUGAUGUCUGCGUUGAGAGCCUCUCGCACGACCUCACCCAUCUUCGGGAGAUUUAGAUCUUUGAGCCAAUUUGAUAUAUUUCUUUUUGCUUUAGACAUGUAUAGUUGUUCAUAAUAUUCCUUAAAGGAGUCAUUUAUGCUUCUUGGUUCAGUUAUAAUUUUUCCUGCCCUGGACUUAAUUUUGUGUAUUGCCCUUUUUGCCUGUAAACCCCGCAGCUGACGAGCCAAUAAUUUAAGGGGCUUAUCACUCAGCUCAAAGUGCCUCUGCUUAAUUUUAAACAGCUGAUCAAGCACCUACCUGGACAGAAUAGUGUUAUAUUCAUAUUUUAGUAGCAGAAUGUUUUGUAAAAUCAAAGGAUUAGGAGAAUACUUGUAGAUAGAUUCUAAGCGUGCUAAUUCAGUCCUACGAUUCAAUUCCUACGAGGCGUUUCCGCCUUUUGUUUUUCAGGUACUUUUCAAAAGAAAUGAUAUGGCCCCUGAUCACAACUUCAUAAGUUUGCACUUGGUUUGUUAAUCAGCGUUGCUUAAGCAAACGUGUUUGCACUUGGUUUUGUACACCCAAACCUUUUGAAGAUCAGGCUCCAUAAUUGUGUUUUGUAUGUGAUCAGAGCACCUUUGUCCCCUAAAUGGCUUACAACAAACUGCAAGCAGGACUUCUUAUGACUCGUCUUCCCACUCUCCCAUUAAAAGUAUAUUUAUCUGGCUAAUAGUUGUCCUGUCAAGAGGUUCACUCACCUGAGCUUUGAAUCUUUGCAGCUGCUCCAAAGUCAGCAUUAACUUCAUGGCAUUUUCACUGAUUAAUAAUCUCCUUGCCUGGCAUGUCAGUUCUUUCCACUUUCAGAUGAUGGAGCUCCAUGACAUAGAUGUUCAGGUGGUCAUCUAAUUUACUUUUGUUUUUCUUUUAUGUUCUUUAACAAUCUAUUGAGAAACAGUUAUCACUUUUCAGAUUUUUAUUUGUAAAAAAUGUAGCAACCUGUGCAUCCUUUCCCUUCCAUUCGAUGAUUGUGCGCUACUUUUUGUUGGUCUAACCUUUUUUUGCAAGGCACUGUAUUACCCAGUUGUAUCCAUGUACCCAGUUAUUUUCAAAAUAUAUUUUAUAUAGAUUAGAGUGUAAAAUCCAAGUCAGACCCAAGAUUUUUUGUUGCUCGGGACGAUUUAUACCUGGGUAAAAUGAUGAAGUGUUAGUUUUACACCUCCGUUAGGAAACGCUGAGACAUCCAUACUGAAAGGAACAAAACCUUUUCUAAUGAUGCUCGUAUGGCCGUACUUAUAAGGAUUCAUGUAAAUAAAUCUUGAAGUACAGAAGAGAACCCUGUAAAACAUCUCCAUUUUUUUAACUUUUUGAUUUGCAGCUUGUCUACAUAAUAGAGCCUCCUUGCCCUUUUAUGUAUAUAUUUUUUUAUUUUCAUUGAAUAUCUUCAUUUUUGGAUUUACUGUGUUCUUCCAAAGUGCUGAGAAGACUGUUCAACUGGAUCAGGUUAAAUUUGUGUUGCCUUUCAUAAAAGGUGCUGCACAUUGAUGAAUAUCACAAUGCACUGGUAGAAGUCUUAAGUUAUAGGUAUGUGUUUAGAGGCACUUUCAAAUGACUGUUACUCCUGUACUUUUGUACCUAGAUAUCUGGAAUCAGAAGUGGCUAAUGUAUUUUAUUAAUUUAGACUAAAGAGACUGACAACUGCAAAUUAAGCCAAAAAAGUGUUUAGUUCUGCAUUAGCAAGAAGUUGGCAAUGUGUUCUCAUUUGUCAUCAGAUUUGUGGUUAUAGUGUGUCUAAAUUGUAUAUGGAUAGGAAGCUUUUCAUAAAUAUGUGUGUAAAGCAGUAAAAUCUACCCUGUGACUCCUA